AUGACCCCCACCAAAAAGGGUGAAGCAACACACAUCAAGAUAGAACGAAGGAGAAGAUUAGCCUUCGAUGAUUCGGAUGUGGCUCAUGUUGCUGGGGGACAGCACAAGGGAUUGGUCAUUAAUAAGCAAACAGCAGAUGAAGAAAAUGACCUUGGAAAGCCCCAGUUACAACUUAGCUUCACCUGCUUUCUUAUUGAUCAGAAAACUGGAGAACACAUUGUGGAAAUGCGUAAAUUGAAGUUUUGGUAUGUGGAGGGAACUGAGUACCUUGAUCAGGUUACGAGAGCCUACGAUUUCUUCAAAGAACUUAUCAAGCCAGAUGACUUACCAAGAGAUUAUGUAGGCUUUAUCAAGAAAUGCAUGAAGCAGAUGCAAGGUUCACAGUACAAGCAAAUCAAGAAAGUUGACCUCUCCAUGCAGCAAUUGAACAAAGAUAAUGCCCCUCUCAGUCCAGAUAUCUAUUUGGCCCUUUUUUCCCCAGAUAUAUAUUUGGUCCCUUCUUUUCCUCUCCAGAUAUGUAUUUGGCCCCUUUUUCCCCCUUAG